ACAAGUUUCGAGAGUUUGCCGCGUCUUUGUCUAACACAUGAUAGACGCCGCCGCCAACACCCGCAGCCUCACCAGCCAGGCCAACAAUAGUGUCCACCAAUCGUCGCAAUGCAAUUUGCAGUCAUUCAGCAAUGAUUCGAAUCUAUACAGACGCUGUGUGCCCGAUCUGUCGACGCCGGCCUUCCUUGGGCUGGCUUUAUACCUGCAUCGAUGAGAACGACACCGAGGCUGAACGCCUGCCAAAUCCAAGCAUACUGUCAGCGAUUGAUACAAGCGCUUUCAACGACGAUCUCGAGGCAUGGGCAAUCUUGGCGGAAUUCUUGUUGCUCCGGCCUGGUAUAGUAGCAUCUAUACGAGCGGGCGAAUACACACACGAGCAGAUCUGCUGCAUCGUAGAGAGCAAAAAGGCUGUUAUUCGAGCAGCUUAUGCUCUGGAGCAGCCAGUGAAUCCGAUAUUUCUCGAUACACCGGCACAAGAACAGGGCACAACAACACCAACGAAGGCGUCCAGAACAGAUGCCACACACUCGGCAAGUGGCACACCUCCCAGCACUCCGAUUAGACCGAACGCUUCUCACACCGCUGGCCAAAUUCAUUCACCGACUGUGCAGACUUAUGCAACUUUGAGUCGGAGAGCCGCCCUGCCUCCAGGACUGAAAAUUGAUCUAUCGGGAAAGCCGCAAACCUGUACAUUUCAAUGCUGUCAUCGCUGCAAACCAUUCCUUGUCGAGCGAGCCACGCAAAGCUUGGAUUACAUUGUCAAUCAAAGCCAAAUCUUGAUUGGUCAAGUUACAGGACGGUCGGGCGAUGAAGAUGGGCCCGCGACCGCAGUGCAUUUCGAUGGCAUGUGUCAUCCAAGAUCAUCCACAAAUCAUCAUGACGGGAAGGCUCUGUCCGUUUCGGUCGAUAGCUCGUUCCACUCCCAGAGCGACGAAGAGGACAGCUCGGGAAAUUCGUCCUUAGAGACAGAGUCAGAGUUUGAGAUCAUGGUGGCUGAGGCCCGCCGGCAGGUUGUCAUGCACAACGACAGUGCUGUAAGUAUUGGAUGAGCAACGCACCGCACUGCAGUUGCACGUUGUUCACCGGUCUGCUUCCGCAAAAUGGAUGCAUCUCGCAGAACAGGCUUCUUGAGGGUAAAUGAUCUAUCAGGAUCGAUUCAUUGGU